AUGGAACAGAUAACUUCUCCUUCAGGGUUCGUAAUCUUCCUGGCCCAGUUGGUCCCGAGGACUUUGUCCUACCACCCAGGCAGCCCCCUCACGACUGAUGAAUACCUGGAUUUUUUUGCAUCCAUGAGGCCCAAGUGGAAGGCAAGCGUGGUGUGUCAGAUCCGACGUAGUAAAGGUUGCCAGGAUCCUAAAAUCCUACAGCUGGAUCAGUAUGAGAACCAUGGCGAGAUUCCAGAGGGUCCCAUCUGUGCGGAUCUUCCUCACAUCCUACGUUUUGAGACUUUUUGUCUAUUUGCACAGUUUCGGUGUUCAAACCGGAGGUUCUACGUCAAGCGGAUACUGUGCCCUGAGUUUGAAGAGGAAGAGGAAGAGCAUGAGCACGAACAUGAGCACGAGCACGAACAUGAACACAAACAUGAGCACGAACAUGAGCACGCGCAUGAACACGCGCAUGAACAUGCGCAUGAACAUGAGCACGAUAAUGAGCACGAACAUGCGCAUGAACACGAGCACGAUAAUGAGCACGAACAUGCGCAUGAACAUGCGCACGAACAUGCGCACGAACAUGAGCACGAACAUGAGCACGAUAAUGAGCACGAACAUGUGCAUGAGCACGAGCAUGAACAUGAGCACGAACCCGGGCAUGAACAUGAAGACGAGUACGAGGAUCAAGACGAAGUCAAUGCCGUUUCUCCAUCCCCAAGCCAGUUGCGCCACAUGCCGCCAAUAGACCAUGGUUUCACACCCUCCCGUGACGCCCGCCUCCGCUCCAACAUCGACGCCAUUUUGAAGUAUUCCUUUGCCGUCUCAGGCCAGGAGCCCGUGGCCAAGGAACGCUUCUUCCCAACUCCCUCCAGCAAGCCGGACUACGCGAGUGCCGUGCUUGUCGCGGCCACUGCGGAAGUUGUGGCCACCACCGAAACGGCCACCUCCGAAGUUGGAGAGCUGGCAGCCACCAAGGGGCUCUCGAACCAGCAGCUCCAUAAGAGCAUCCACCGCCUGAUCGGCAUGGCCUUCUCCCUGGAGCAGUCCCUGAAUGCCGAGAACGCGCAGCCUUUCAAAGACAAAGAAGGAGAUCUGAAAAUCCUGACUAGCCAGGAAGGUUCCAAGGGGAGCCUCUUAGCUCUUGACAAGGAAGAAGCGCUGGUGAUUCUCUGCUAUGCAGUGCUGCAAGACAUUUGCAUAUCCUCAGCUGUUAGCAAGGCCUGGAAACAAAUGGAGUCAAAAACCUUUGGCUUUGGGGAUUUGGUGUGUGAUAGCCUUGGCCGACGCCAUGCCGACAUGUGCUCUGAGUGUGCUUUCUGCUCCCUGAAGACAGAGCAGUGCCAAGGGGCCUCCAAUCUGAAGCGGACCCACUGUGUUGGUGGCAUAUUCACAUCCUACAUCAACCCGGGGAUCUUGGCUCAGCACCGGGCUAUGCGUUCUAGGGUCCCCACAGGGGUAGAAGAGUAUUUUGGGGUUGAGUCAUAUGCAGGCUUGAAAGCAGACUAUUGGUGCGGUCGCUUGGCUGCUCAGGGCUGUGAUGAUUAUCGGGUGUCUCUGUGGUUGAAGACGGAGUAUUCCUCCUACCAAGAAGGAGAUUUCCCAAAAGAAAUCUGCGACUCGACAGGAGUUCAACACCCCACCUACUGUGCCUUCAAGAGCAAGCAGUGUCUGAAAGACAACCUUGCUGGAGAGAAGGUGAUGCGGAAGCCUUGCCAAAAAUACCAGUCUUACCGAGUGCUAAGUAGGGAAGAAGGGGAAGAGGAAGUGGUGCUUUGGAACAGGAAAUUCUUUAUCCUUAAUAAAGAGGGGAGAGAGUGA